AUGUAUUCGGACUCCGAGUCCGACAGCAAGCGCCCAAAUGGCGUGGCCAUUGACGGCAUCGGGUCGCCCAUUGAACCAUCGACGCCCCAAGAAGUCGGCCCUUACGAGCUCUCCCAGGUGACACUACCCUCCACCGAGGUGCCAGCAUCACCGGUCAACGACGUGAACGACUCGUUCCGGACCGAGGUCAACGAUGACAGAGCAGCCACAACCAUCAUCCGGUCCUCGCUGACACCACCCCCCUCGACCCAAGUUGGGCCUUCCGGCAGCAGCCAUGUCAAUGGCCACAGCCGACGCGCUAGACAACCCAUCACACAGUCCCAGGAAUCAAACCUUGUGUCUCCCCCUGCUACGAUUCUCAACAAUGUGCGUGAGAGGGACAUUACGGACUUUGUGCCGCCCUCGCCCCGGCAGGUGCGCGAGAGCUCGGCAGAUGAACUUCGGGCCAUGCUGCAGACCUGCAUUGCAGACCACCAGAAGCUGAAGAUGGAGACGGCCCACCACAGAUUGCAGUACAACUUGCUGAGCCUUCAGGCAUCGGAAGAUGCGAACCGGGCUGAUGUGGAGCUGGACAUGCUACGCAAGGAGAUUGACGCCCUUAGGACGGCGGAGCACUCACGGCAGGCCAAGCGUGAGCUCAGUGCCUUCUCAGAGGCUGUGCAAACAAAGUUCAUGGAGCUCAAGGCGGCUCACGAAGAGGCGCUUCUUGAGAUCGAAGCGCUGGAACGCCGACUGAAGAAUGCAAAGAGGAUCAUCGGACAGAAAGAUGAGGAGGUCAUGUCCCUCAUCGAGGAGAGACAUCAGUUACUCAACCGCAUAAGGGAGAAUCGUGAACACAUGAACAAGCUGAGGAGUCCAGGGGGGAUCUUUCAUGGAGCCACGACACCUCGACAGAAUCCAGCAUCGCCGGUACAGAGCCGCGGCGCCCACCGAGGUGGCCAGCGCGGCGGUCUCGAGCGAGACGACAGCGGCAGCAACAACAACAAACUGACCACACUUUUGGAGGUCCUCAGCCAGGACAACAACAGCGCGCCCUCGACCCCGUUCUUGACGAACCGGUCCAACUCGCGUCACGGCGGGAAACACCAGCGGAAUGCACAGUCCAUGUCGUCCCUGCCAACCACGCCCAUGCAGCGGCCGCGUGGCCCCUAUGCUGGGCUGCUGCCCUCGGCCAACCUGGUUCCCCAGACAGAGCCCUAUAACCACCGGUAUGCCCCAAGACUAUAUGAUCGUGGAUCGCCGACCCCCAGAACUGAGCGCAGGAAAUCCAGGGAGAGCACGAUUUCAGCCGACGACAACGAGGAACUAGCGCGACAAGCUGUACGGUCAUUCACGUCCGCGGGGGUGCUCGGUGGGAGCCUCCAAGUGAGUCGGGGCGAGGACGGCUCCAGCGCCUACGGAAGCCAGGCCAGCCUGGCGGCGACGGAGAUGCUACGACGUGACCCCCGCGACAGCUACGAGAUGCGGCAGGCCAUGUCCCGUGAUGGGACGCCCAGCGCCGUGGAGCAGUCUGCGCGGUUGCAGUCCAAACUCUUUUCCAAUGUGAGAAAUGAUGGGGACAAGCGCAAGUACGGGAGCAGCCAGGAGACCAUCGAAGAGCCACGACCCGAGCAAGGAAGCCCACCCAAGAGGAGCCGCGUGGAGAGUGGAUCGACGCCACAGAACCACAUGGGAUUGGGCAUACAGUACGGUCGAUGA